AUGAACUUUUAUGAUGAAUCGUACAAUACAAGAGUGUUUCGUUUUGCGCUUCCAGAAGCUGAUAUGCCCCUAAAUCUGGAGGUUUCCUCUUGUAUCACGGCGAAGUAUACUGGGAGUGAUGGAAAAGAAGUUAUUCGUCCCUAUACUCCAAUUAAUAAAAGUGACCAACGCGGCUAUUUUGAACUUGUUGUGAAACGCUACGAUAAUUCCAAGAUGGGCAACCACCUAUUUUCUUUGAAGAAGGGUGACACUGUGGAAUUUAAAGGACCCUGGGUAAAGAUUCCGAUUAAGGCAAACCAAUACCGACAAAUUGGCAUGAUUGCAGGGGGGACAGGCAUUACCCCAAUGUAUCAGGUGGCUCGAAACGUCUUGUGUGUGCCUAAGAACACGACAGCUGUCUCUCUCAUUUACGCUAAUACUCGUAAGGAGGAUGUGCUUUUGGGGAAUGAACUCAAUGAGCUUAUGGAAACGUGUCCGCUCUUUUCACCGUACUAUGUUCUUGCCAAGGCCCCUUCGGAUUGGAUGGGAGGCGUUGGAUGCGUAAACAAGGAGAUGAUCAAAUCCGUUAUGCCACCACCAAGCAGUGCGGCUGAUUCCAUCAUCCUUGUGUGCGGACCUCCCGCUUUUAUGGAAGCUGUUUCAGGAGACAAGGAUUUUAAGUCCAGUCCACCUUCUCAAGGCGAACUGAAGGGAAUGCUUAAGGAACUUGGUUACAUGCAGAAAAUGGUCUUCAAGUUUUGA